AUGUAUCAGAAACGCUGGCAGUCAGAAGUGAAAAGGCAGUUGGAGGAUCAAAAUUCUGGUAUACCAAUGGAUUUUGGUAUAGAGCAAUUGUAUGAAGACUGGAAGAAAACUGUUGCUCUUGCAUCAAUAGCAAAAUCAACCCAAAACCAUAGUUUUUAUUCUCUUGAAGAGAUUCAUAUAUUUGCCUUAGCUAAUAUUCUGCGAAGACCAAUUCUGGUGAUAUGUGACGAUUCUCAUCGUGGUGCUGGUGUAAACCUUGGUGGCAUAUACUUACCACUGUUGUCAGACUCCGUGGAUUGUAUAAAAACUCCUCUUUUGAUUGGCUAUCACCAUGGACAUUUUACAGCACUUGUGAUGGGAGAAAAUAAUAAGAGAGGGCAUACAUUGGCCGAUCACAAAAUGGUGAUGGGAGUACCAUUAAUGAAACAUAAUGGCCAGCCUAUGAAACUCCGUUGUUUGUUACCAGAGGAAAGAAAUUACUCUGAUCGUCUAAAAUGGGAAUAUUUAAACUGUUUAAAGUUACAUUACACAUUUGACAAUGAGUGUGAAAUGAAAAUACUCGUCGCUGAAAUAAAAGGUUGUGAACAAAAUCCACAUGUUUAUGGAAUGUUAAAAAGAUAUUUUAAAUCAAUGGAAGAUAUACAUUUGGAAACAUUGACAUUGAAUCAGCUAUCACUUAAUGACCAAAGGACAAUCACAUCAUAUUCAACAAAACAUGAAGGCCAUUUUAAAAAUAGUAAAGAGCAGAAACCAUGUGCCAAGAUUAACUGCAGAAACAUUGCCAGUAUCAAUAGCAACUAUUGUCAUCAAUGUAGAAACACAGACAACACACGUAUUUGUACUUCUCUUGGCUGUGGUUAUACCGCCAACCCAGAUUGUGAAGACUUAUGUUCUACCUGUUACACAAUAUUUAAAUCUUUACUACACGAGGGAACAAAGACGGCAACUCCUUCAGCGUCACCUAAUGAUAGAUGUUACAAUAACUGUGUGAACAAAGGAAAUGAUGACCUUCGCGGCCUGUGUUAUGAUUGGUAUGGAGAGAAAUUUCUAAAUUAUCGUUCUUCAGCAAAAAAAGAUGUCGGACAAUCCACAUCCACUGUGCAAGACAAUACAACUAGAAAAACAACAAACAGUAGAAGGAAAGAUGAAAAGAAAUUUCAUGUUGUUGAAGCAAGUUCAUCCACGCGCUCAGUUAACGUUGUAUCCCAUCCAAACUGUGCGAAAAUUUUGCCAAUUUCAAGGAAAGUGGAAACGGUCGAGAGAAGAUGUCUGACUAAAAAAUGUCUGUUCUUUGGUACUCCAGAGAAUGAAAACUUGUGUUCACAAUGUUAUGCAAAGACUCUAAGACUAAAGUCGGAAAAGAAGUCUCAAGGCAGAAAAAAAACGAGAUGA